ACGUGGCAGUUUACCAGCACCUCACCCGAAAAAUAUCUAAUUUUUUAUAUUAUUGAAUUAUUCUUAUCUUACAAACAAUCAAUCAACUAUUAUUGCACUAGACUGUGAGUUGCUGUGCGUUCAUCAUCAAGCAUGACGGGUAAACAAAUCCUCCAGAAGAUGAAGGAAAAGGCUUGUUUAGGUUCUGCGGUAGCUGACACUGAAAAAAGUAAGACAUCGAAACACCCGCGACAUGGUUAUCACUUAGUAAAAGGAAAAUCUCGUCACGACAUGGAAGAUUAUGUUUUUGCACAGUUCAAGCAAGUUGAGAACAAUGAGCUCGGUUUAUUUGCUAUAUUUGAUGGCCAUCUCAGCCGCGAAAUUGCUGAUUACUUGCAGUCGCACUUGUUUGAGAAUAUACUGAACGAGCCUGACUUUUGGACUGAGACAGAGAAGGCAAUCAGAAGAGCAUAUCGUGUAACUGACAAGACAAUAUUGGAUAAAGCAGUUGAUUUGGGUUACGGCGGUUCAACCGCAGUGACUGCAAUAUUGAUAAACUGUCAAAAGUUGGUAGUUGCCAAUGUCGGGGACUCUCGUGCUGUCAUCUGCAAGAAUGGAGUGGCCAAACAAUUGUCAGUUGAUCAUGAACCUGAGAAGGAACGCAGUUGCAUUGAGGACAGAGGUGGCUUUGUAACAAAGUUUCCAGGUGAUGUUCCCCGCGUUGAUGGACAGUUGGCAGUAUCCAGGGCUUUUGGCGACAAGAGCUUGAAGGAGCACCUUAGCUCAGAGCCAGAUGUGAUGGUGGAAAACAUAGAUGAUGAUACAGAAUUUAUCAUCUUGGCAAGCGAUGGUAUAUGGAAGGUGAUGACAAAUCAAGAAUCUGUGGAUUGCAUCAAGCACAUCGAGGAUGCUGAUGCCGCAGCAAAGCGCCUUGCCGAGGAAGCAGUGGCGAGGCACAGCCAAGAUGACAUAUCUUGCGUGGUUGUGAAGUUCUAAUAAAACUAGGCAAGGAUCUGAACCAAUGUGGCACUCCUUACGCUUGUAAACUUCCCUCUGUCCUUUUUAUUAAUUCCGUAAAACUCAUGAAAAUCUUGCAAUGUUAGAGUACAUGUUUUUUCCAUAA